UCAGCUCAUGAAACCAACACUUUACAUGUUGCAUUUAUAUUUUUGUUCAGUAUAGUUGUUUAGUAAACUGUCAAACAUUAACUUGUUUGACCAUGCUAUAGGUCAUGUAGGCCUAACUGUUUGUUACAUGCAAUAUUUGUUUUGUGGACUUCACCUGACAGCUUGCUCUCCGGUUUUGUGAUGAAACAAAGGUAUGUGUAGUUCAAUUUAUUCCACCCACUGUGUGACAGUUGUCUUUUUGUUGUCUCUGCCUUUUUGUAGGCUAUAUCACAGUGGCUUAUGAAUGAAUGGGUUAUAGAGCAAACAACACAAUUAUCACGAACUAACUUGUAAUAUGGCUUUUUUACUAUCUGGACAUCCCCAGUGAUUUUACCCAAGCACCACUACUGCGCAUCCCACAAAUGGAGUUCCAAACACGUUUAGAAUCUAUGCCAAGGCGCAUUGAUGCUGCUCUGGCGGCUCGUGGUGGCCUAACGCCCUAUCCUUGGCAUUGAUGCGGCUCGUGGUAGCCCAACGCCCUAUUUAAGACGUUUUAUGUUGGUGUUUCCUUAAUUUUGGCUGUUAUCUGUACAUUGCUUUGUAUUACAUUUCAAUAAAGUUUUUUGAAUAAACAAAUUAAUAAGUGCUCAUGGGAGUUGUAGUCCAACAUAAAUUAUUGACGCUUGAUCUAGUGCGCACGAAACAUCCAAUGGACUACAACUACCCAGUUGCAUUUUUAUUUGACCUUCAGUGGGCGGUACAGAGCCUAAGCAAGCAUGGCAGCUGGAGUUCUUACCAAAGGUUUGCGCGGGCUCCACCACCCCUGGCUUGUUGCAGCCGGAUAUUCCUGUAGUGGACCUCUCUAUGCGAUUGCUGCGGCUGUCAAAACACUCCCCUUGCAAACUGACAGCACAGCUGUCACUGACAAGAUCCUGAACCUUCCCCUUGAAAUGCCAGAUUUCUUCCGCUUGUCAGAACUGUUCUCGUUGAAAGAUCUAUUCGAUGCCAGAGUUCACCUCGGCCACAAGAAAGGCUGCAGACACAGGCUGAUGGAGCCCUACCUGUUCGGCAGUCGACUGGACCAGGACAUCAUCGACCUGGACCAGACAGUGGAGCACCUCCAGAGCGCCCUAAACUUCACCGCCCACAUCGCCUACCGCGGCGGCGUCAUCCUCUUCGUCUCCCGCCGCCGCCAGUUCGGUCACCUGGUGGAGAGCACAGCGCAAGACUGCGGAGAAUACGCCCACACACGCUACUGGCAGGGCGGCCUGCUCACCAACGCACCCAUCCAGUACGGCCCGGGGGUUCGGCUGCCUGACCUCAUCGUCUUCCUCUCAACGCUCAACAAUGUCUUCCAGCAGCAUGUUGGGGUCCGCGAUGCGGCGAAGAUGAAUAUACCCACAGUGGGGGUGGUGGACUCUAACUGCAACCCCAGCCUGGUGACUUACCCGGUGCCUGGGAAUGACGACACGCCAGCCGCUAUGGAGCUGUACUGCCGCCUGUUCAAGAUGACCAUCAACCGAGCCAAGGACAAAAGGAGACAGAUGGAGCUGCUGCAGGGUCUAUCGGCAGCUGGCCUCACACCAGGCUCCUAGUGAGAGGCAACACGGGGGAAUGAAGGGCCCCUGUUUGAGGUCUUUGAAAAUGUAUUCAUCUUUACUCCCUUCCUUUAAGUAAUACCUGAUCUAAAGUGAUAGGAUAGGCGAAAUCUCUACCUUUUGGCUAAGAUUGUAGUAUCUGGAAGCAAGUGUUCCACUUCAUAGUUUGCCCCAACAUAUUGAUAUCAGAUUAGGGAUUUAUGCCAAAGAAGAGAAGAUAGAGGACGAAAAUCAGUAUUCGAACAUGGCCAAGGACUUUACUGCUAAAAGACUAUGAAUACUCUAUGAAGCACCAUGUUUUAGCAACAGAUUUGAUGAAUUUGUACAGAAGCCUUGAUAUUUUUCUAGAUGUACAAAAUGUGUAAUUCCAAUGUUUGUUCCAUCAUCAACUGAUCCAGAUUUGAUCAGCAUGUUUCCAGAUUAUUGCUAAAUCUCAGUUUGUUUGUCAUCAUCUGGUCAAAUUCAAUGAAAAAAAUAGAAUUUCUGAAUCAAAUGACAUGAAUGCACUGCACUCAUUCUAUUUAUCAAGUAAACUUCAUUUUCACUAAA